AUGACCUCGAGUCGCCGAGGGCAGUCACCCCUUACUAUAUCUCUCCCUCCAGCCGGGAGUUCCAGCCACCCGCCCGAUCCCCCCCCAAUCGACGCUCUAUUCCUUAUAGACUUUGAUGUCAAGAAAGGCUACACGAUCGCCUGGCAGCAGACUGUGCCCGGUGUUAAUGUCGAUGGACGAGUCGAAUAUAAAUCUCUUCCUUCUGGGCUACACACAGUCUCGGAGGAUCUCAUCUACUUUGUGCACGAGGGCGCGCAUGCGGGUCUCAGCGCCUUUAUCAAUGUGCCCUGUGAAGAGGAGGAGUCGAGGCACGCGCGCAUGAUCGCCGUUGGAGUGCUGGUACCAUUGAGUUACGGACGAUUGGGACGCGCCUGGAGACAUGCACAAGGACUGAAGGGUCUAGCCAACGAAUUGGCCAAGGAUCGCACCAACACAGAAUUACUCGACACCUACUGGAAGUCGAAUAAGCUUGAAAAAGACGAUCCGAAACCCCCGGCCACGUCUGGGGAGACACCCAUCACGACACCCGCUGUUACGUUCUCCGAGCCUAAUGAGCAACCCCAGAGGAAGGGUCACUACAGAAACCGCUCAGGCUCGGACGGCGCGUCUCUCGCCCCAGCGGAGCACAGGCUAUCGCCGUAUCACCCAGCCUGGAGACUGACGAGCUUGUUAGACAAGUAUGGACCGUUGAUCUUCCCAAUCCACAGAGCCGCGUUGCUAAGGCAGCGCAUCCUCAUCUCUUGCCAUGCACCUGUUCAGGAGAUCUUGUACAACUUGUCCAUUCUCUCAAACGUCCCUCUAUCUCUCACGAAUAUACUCCCCGAGCACUCGCCUACGCAACGACUGAGACCUCUUUUUACCAUUGGCGUGCAUGACAUCCCUUUUUUGACAGAAGACUAUGAAGCUCUGAAACGACGAGGACAAAGCGAACACGCCAUUGACGACGACGACUUGGACGAUGAGACCGGAACUGGCUGGGUUGCCUGCACGACCGACUCUAUCCUAGCUAUGAAAGACACGCUCUGGGACAUGCUCAUCACCAUGCCCCCCGAGCAUUCGAGCCACGCCAAGGACAAAGUGUGGCCUACAGUCGAGUGCCCCAAGGGAGUGCCCGUUCGCGCAACCCAGCGUGAUCUGCGUCGCUUCAACACUCUACGUGCCGGCCUCUUCCAGCUCGCCGACACCCCGUUGUCCCCCAACGGAGUGCGUGCGUCAACGAGCCACUCCAACCGCUCAACUCGGCACUUUGACCACGCCGACGACUCUUUCGACAAGGUCAUUGAACCGCUCAGCUGGGCCGCUCUCGCCUACAACGGCUACAUGUGGUGGGCUUCGGCCGGCGAGCAACUCCACUCCGAGGAGCAGGAAGAGACCUCCCGCGACACCGCACUGCUCGCCGACCUCACGCCGCACACGCCCACCAUGACGAUGCCCACGUCUCGUUCAGACCCUACAUACGAGUCACUAGCAUCCCUGGCUGCCCUGCGUCACCAGAAGUCGAUGCUGUCCGCCGAGGCGGACGAAGCGCGCGUUGAGCUGGCCAUCGUUGCCUACUUUCACCGUCUCACGACGCAGAUACUCUCCGUCAUGUCUGAUAUCAUCGAAGAAGUGGAUGAGGCGUACCCCGACAACGAGCACAGCGGCACACCUACAGAGGAGGGCGACGCGCUCCUCGGUGACAGUCGUCUGCAGCCACGUGCUGUCAUGGUGGACAGUCGAUCAGUCGAAAACAUGGGACUGGAUGUAUGGAGUGAUGCCGAUGCGACGUUUGUCAAGGACCUGAUGAGGGUGUAUUUUGACAGGCUGGCUAAAGUCGAGGGCAAGGGUGUCGAGAUAUGUGGAGUGCGGGUGUGCUAG